AUGGAAUGGCUAAAUUCACUUUUGUCAUCAAAGAAUGCAAAAUCUGUGAUUAACUCAGAAGACGAGUGUGAUCCACAAGCUUGUUAUGAUAGCUUUAAGGAACAUUGGCAUCAAGUCUACAAAAUAUUUAACAGAGUUCAGCAAUUACCUACCCACGAUGAUGUCCUGGGUGUUGUUAACCACUUGGAACAAAUGGCUACUUUAUUAUUAUAUGAUAUGAAACGAAAUGAUAAAGUAUAUAUUUGUCAAUCAUCUUCUAGAUGUCUGGAACAUCUACUUUCUGAAAAUAUCUUAGAUAAAUUGUUUGAAUGGAGCACAAAAUCUGGAAGAUAUAUUAAUGCUAUAAGGUGUGAACAGUUAAAACUCUAUCAAAUGCUGAUAACUCAAUCAAGGCAUGUUUUAUUGUUACAUGAAUCAUUUUUACAUCCUUUGAUCAAACUUUUAUGUUCAUGUGAAGAAGAAGUGUUUUCACCAGAAGUUGAGAGGCUCUUAGUAGAUUUAAUAAACCAGUUAAGCACUCUCCUUAUGCAACAUGUUGAAUUUAUAGAUUUAUUUUUUCAGGAAGUGAAGAAAGUUCAAAGCUUCAUCAUAUUUUCUUUAUUAAUACCAUUUGUACAUAGAGAAAACUCAACAGGAAUGAAAGCACGCGAUGCUCUCUUGCUUUGUAUGUCACUGUCAAAAAAGAAUAAAAAAGUAGUUACGUAUAUUGCAGAAAAUUCUAAUUUUUCACUUUUACUGGCGUCUGGUUUAAGUGGACUGUAUUCUGUGUUACCAAAUAUUUUAGAUGAUAUUUUAGUACCUGACUGGCAUAGAUUUACCCCUGACGAUGUUAACGAAAUAAAAGGACUUUUAACAUUUGUGACAUCUUUGGAAUUCAGUAAUGCCGUAGCACAAGUAGCCCAUCCGUUAUUAAGGAAACAACUUCAGGAGUUCUUAUAUAGAGGAUUUUUGAUACCAGUAUUAGGACCAGCAUUAUUACAAAAUAAUGUUUGUGAGCAAGUAGCUGCCACAGCUUAUUUAGAAUUGAUUUUGAGAACCAUAACAGACACCGGAUUACUCCAUUCAUUUCUCCAGUUUUUAUUAAAUGUUGAUUUUGAUGGUCAUAAAUUAUUAGAUAUAUUAAUACAACGACUGAAAUCUGAAAAUAGUCAGUUAUGCCUAGUCUCUCUCGCCAUGUUUGAAUCAAUGGUUGAUCUAAACUGUGAAGAUCUAAUGUUGGAAUUAGUUUUUAAGCAUUUGAAACCUUGCUUGCAUCUGAUGUUAUCCCAAAGAAAGAUGCUGUUACCCUUAGACCCCUAUUGUCAAAGUUUUGAAAAACUUCUGACUCUAGCUCCAAGAAGUUGCCAGUUUGUAGAAUUUUCCAAAGAUGUUUAUGAUAAUAAUAACCACUGGUAUGCGGUGAAAAACAAACAGAGUCUAUAUGGUAAAUAUUUUCCAUAUUUAUGUGAUGCUAGGAAUAGGAUAACACAUUGUCAAAUGUCAUGUAUAGUUUGGAAUAACCUUUAUACAGGCGAAGAUGAAAGUUUUGAUAAUUCGCUGGGUUCGUCCGUAGACCGAAGUUUAAGUUUUAUAUCCGACGAAUAUAAAAACGAAGAAUACUGGAAAAGACCAAUAAAUAAUAAAAGAGAAAUAACAGAAACUCCGACAAUUACAGAUAUUGACCAGUCAGGGGCGUCUGCAGGACCAUUUCUUACAAUCCUAAUGGAUAAAUUAAAAAACUUUGUAUCAAACUCAUUUUACAUUAAUCUUCAUUUGACUGGUUUAAUAUCUAGACUUGCCGCUUACCCUCAGCCACUACUUAGAGCAUAUUUAUUAGACUGUAGUUUAGUUCUACAACCCAACGUGCCAUCUGUGUUUGAAAUUAUUGGAAUACUGAAACAACAAGUAGAUGAUUAUCUUUGUCAACAACCGAAUUGUGUACAGUUAAUUAAAUUUGCGAGAAACGUCCUUAUAGACCGAGAAAUAAUGUUAGUGAAUCAAAGAAAACACAAUAUAGAACAACAAAACUUUCAAAAUUUAGAAAUAGAACCUUUCCAAAGAAAUAGUCCAAAACGAAGAAGCCUUGGUAUUUCACCCAUUAGCAGUUUUUUUGGAAGGCGUCCAAGUCAAGUUGACGGAAAUAGUCAAGUAAUUUUAACUCCAGAAGAAGUUCAAUUUAAUAAAGUGUAUCAAAAAUUUAACAAAGACCAACAUGUAGCACUGUGUGCAGUAUUGCUUGAUGAAUGGGUGAAAGAAUUAUCUGCUCUUGCUCAAGAACACACUGUUGCACAUUUUGCAAAUCUUUUAAAGUAA